AUGCACAUCUCGCGGGAACUCAUCAUUCCAGGAGCGAAGUGGUGUGAGGACGGCACCGCAGAUUUGUGUGCGAAUCGUCUCUGCCAGAAGAAACUCUCGCCGGUGUUCGGCAAACAUCACUGUCGCUGGUGCGGCCGCAUCUUCUGCGGUAAUUGUGCCCCGUGCACAUCUCUUUACAUGGGGAAGAUGCUGCGGCGAUGUAAUGCCUGUCGUGUGCCGCUCUUCUUUCGCAGUAUGUACAACUACACCACUGGGAGACGUGAGGCGACGGUGAUGCAACAUAUUCUCUCUUUUCUCGAUCAUCGCAGCAUCACCGCACUGCAGCAGAGUUGCUACACCAUUCUCUCUGAAUUCCACGUUGUGGGCUACGACUAUGUUGACACCAUUCAAGAUCGUUUUCCUACUUUCUUUGAUGGGGCCCGCAUUGGACGCGGUGGCUCUGGCACUGUGUAUAAGUGUGAGGACCGACGUCGUUUUAACAGUCCACGUGUGGCACUGAAGGUGAUUACGAAGAGUAGUGUUUUGUCCUUCUCCUCGUGGUGUAAGAUCACACGCGAACUGGAGAUUAUGCGAGGACUAGAUCAUCCUAACGUGGCACGGCUGUUGGAAGUAUUUCAAACACCAUUGUAUCUCGUUAUUGUAAUGGAGGCAGGUGAGGGGGGCACACUGAAGCAUGCAUGGGAAUAUGUACGAAGACACCACUGUGAUGUGGAAGCACUUUUAGCAAAUGUUCUCGCCCAAGUAGCACAAGGAUUGGAUUAUUUAUACAAUAGAAAACGUAUUGUACACCGUGAUAUUAAGCAUGAUAAUAUUGUUCUUUCUCGUGAUUAUACACGAGCUAUAAUUAUUGAUUUUGGACUUGCUGAAUAUGUUAGUGAUGAGAAACAACUUUUAUUUGUACCUUGUGGAACCAUGGGAUUUGCGUCACCAGAGAAUAUUGAGGCCGUUGCUAAAUCAUUAAGAUUAUUUGAAGCUACGGCUGCCACCAUGCAUCGUGCAGAUGUUUUUAGUUUAGGUGUUGUAGCGUAUAAUAUACUUACUGGCCAACGACCACUAAAGGGAAAGCGGUUUGUUGAACUUAGUAGAGAUUUACGUAAAGGUAUUCGCUGCGAUGGUCCUCGAUGGGCAAAUUUUUCGGAUAGUGCAAAAUCACUUAUUGAAUGGAUGCUCAAAACGGACGCAAAUGAGCGGGCUACGGCGUUGGAUCUCUUAGAUCACCCAUUUAUUACCGAAAAAGCACCCUUAAUUAAAGAAAUUGCAAAGAAGCGUAAUCAGGAACUUGAAAUGACCAAAGAACAGGAAGUAAAUGAAUGGGUCUAUGUUGUUCCGUCUGAAAGUCAAUGGGACUUUAUUGCAGAAGAUGAACUUUCAAAUUCAAUGGUAACCACCAAUCUUGAGGGAGCAUCAGUAUUAGUUUCAAUUGCUGAGUCAAAAUGA